AUGGGCCAUGAUGAUGAUAUGAACUUAGUCGUUGGUCGCAUAUCUCCGUCGGCCCGUACAAGUAUAUGGGAUGGUGUGAUCCAACUUAAGAGCAUCGCGGUGUUUGUGCUCGCUUUCUUUAGAAGCGGGAAAAAAAUUCAAGAUAUGGUCUGGCCGAAAACCAUAGAAAUCGAAAGAAGAGUGAAAUGGGGGGAUUUUAAAGAAUUCCUCAAGGAUCUUCGCUACUCUCAAAACCGGUCGAUAAUGGUAAUUUCCCUGUGCUUGAAUGCCGAGUCUUCGAAAAAUGGCUUAGGGGGAAUGAAGGAGGUUGCAAAGAUGUUAAAAUUGAACAAAAGAAUUGGUUUAGCAACAAUAGAAGAUGAUACAUGUAUUUAUGUAUGUCCUGGGCAGAAGGAGAUAAUAACAGUCCUUAAGAAAUAUGGUUUCUGGAAAGGCACGUCAACAGUCCAUACAAACCAAGACUCUUUAAUUGGUUUUGUUGUACGGGACCGAAGAUCACCGGUAAACACAAGCAAGGGAGAGAUAAGCAUUGACAAAAUAAAAGAAAUUGGGGUUACUCAUGUGGAAGCACAACAAGUGAUAUAUGAUCAACGAUCAUACCCUGUUCACCCUCUUCAUGUUCCAGUAGAUGACGGCAUAUAUUUUCGGCGUCCUGCUCUGGUAUUAGCAGAGCAAGGCGCAUAUCGUCCAUAUCCUCCUCCUGGACUACUAAGUCAUGACUUUCAUUCUCCGCAUCCUCCUCCUGGACUAUCAGGUCAAGGGUUACAUCCUCGACAUCCUCCUCAUGCCCCAGAAUGUCAAGGCGUGCUUCACUCGCAUGCUCCUUGCGCAAGAGACCAAGGUUUCAUUUCCCAUCGUCCUCCCAAUUUUGCACCAGGAUAUUUGAGGCCCUCAACUGGUCAUGGAAACAACAAGGGUUCACUACACUUGAGACCACCUAGUGGUUCUGCUUCUGGUCGUGUGUGGCCUCCCAUGUCGCACCCAAGGUCCGGGAACGAUCUUUAUGGUUUUGAAAGAUCGAAAGGUUUCUCUCGCUCUAGCUCCACAUAUUACUCUAGAUACGACAAUGGCUCAGGUAGCUGGCCUCGCAAGUAA